ACAGCCUCGUUUUGAACAUGGUUGCUGUGCACCCUUAUCUUUGUCAACACGAACUAUGGAAGCUCUUGGGUCAAGACGUCUCUUUUGUUAUGAAAGCUGAAUUCCCGCUGGAAACCAGAUGUCUCAUCAAUGGUUUGGUCCAUCUCAAACAUUUGGAAAGUUUUUUACAAAUGAUGUAGCUAAAAUGAAAGAAGACCUUUUGGAUAAAAGUGGAGAUGUAUCAAAGGCAACUAACAGAGUGGCAGUUACAGAUUCUGGUGAAGCUGAACUUCUACCUGACCUUGCCAAUGUUUUUAUUUCGUACAAAAGUCUAAAGGGUACCGUGGAAGCGGCAAAGCACAGUGUUCAAAGGAGGGCUGAGUAUGUCCUCCAAACUCUGCGUAACAAUGGCAUUAAGGACUCCCAGUUUAGUACCCACAGAUCAUUGGAACGUGUAGAUGACCAAUACCAAGUGCAAUUGGAAAUCAAUGUCCAAUUUUUUGACUUUAAAGUAUGUGAAGAUGUUUGCAAUUUCUUAGUGGAAAAACUUGAUGAAAAUGUGGUAGUUGGCAAACCAUCUUUUAGCCAUUCAAAAGGAAAGCUUGAUGCUGUGAGGCGACAAGCCGUCGUGAAUGCUGUCAAAAAUGCCCGGAUGAAGGCUGAAGCAAUCGCACAAUUUCUUAAUCAAAAGCUUGGCUCAGCGAUUGAAAUUAUAGAGGAAAGCUCUUCCGAAGUGGUAGGUGCUACAUCAACUGAUGGCAGUACGCGGGAUCAAGGAAUAAAUGCGCGGGUGGAGGCAGCAACUGUACAUAUUAAUGUGAAGGUUUCCGCGUCAUUUGAAAUCGAACCGAAGCCUAAGAAGAAAAGCCAUUAAAUAGUAAGUUAUAGACUAUGCCAAUGCUGCAGACGAAAAAGACAUUGCCAAUACUGCUAAGACAUUGCCAAUACUGCUAUUGCCAAACAACAAAGUAUUCAUAGAGAAUUGGUACGAGUGAAUGUUCUAUUGCGAUGUGAAGCCGGAAACAAGAGUGUAAUGAGAUGCUUCCAAUGCCAUAGCAGUCUUGUAUUGUUUUUGCCUUUGUGUAGUGCCUUAGGAGCAAAUCGAGCAGUUUUUAUGACACCAAAAGUUGUUUGCCACCAAAGAGUAGCUUUUUUCGGCGCGCUAGUUCUCAAAGUAUCUAACACCAGGUAACGACAAAAUGGUAAAUGGAUUAGAUUCAUGUGCUGAUCUUGUAUACCAACAAGCAUCUGAAAUGCUGCAAUCUUUCGGGGGGUUGCGUCUUGAAAUAUCUCUCAUAUAUCAUAUACGAGAAUGCGAUGUCGUGCAUAUCAAAAGAAGCCUAAAGAUAUAAAAAUAAAAUAGGCACUUCAUAUAAAAAGGUUGAGAUAUCGUCAGAGACUCAAAUUUCUGUGUUUCAUAUUUUUUGAUAAAAUGGCAGGAAACGAUGACCACAGUAAGAGAAAGGAAGGAAAAGAAAAGUAGAAAGUGAAAAGAUUGGUGUCCAAACUGAACUUGAUCGCUUUUCUCAAAUAUUUCGUUUACAGUUUGAAAUAAUUUUCAAUUCUAUUGGAAAGGGGUUCUAGAAUUUGAUUCCCUGAAAAGUAGCAAAGUUCUUUUUAAAUAGAUUUGGAUAGUAAAGAGAAACCACGGCGAAAUAUUUGCCUUAUGAUGAUUUAUGCCAUUUUUUGUGUCGGCUAAUCAAUUUUCAAUAGUUCUAAUUGUUCUGUAAGUUUUAUUGAAAUUAAGUAUUUUGAAACGCUUAAGUAGUGGGUCAUUAUUACAGUAAAGUUUGCAAGAGCUAUUCCCCGAAUAGCUUCACACAAGUUACAUUCUAUUGGUUCAGUCGAUGAUUUAUUUGCCCAUCCACCGUUGAGUGUUUCAUUUAGUGCGUUUAUCUUAAUAAAGGAUGUAAAGUAAAGGAUGUCAGAGUGUCCUUUUGCUCGAGGUGUCUCACUUUGUAAAUGAUUCUGAUUCAUU